CAUUUUUCUUUAUUUUUAGAUAUGCAACAGAAACAUUAAAAGGCCCAUUAAUUCAUAAAGCUUAUAUUCUCCCACUUACAUUUGACUCUAAAAAGGAAACGGUUGGUGCAGUUAGGAGAGGCAAUUACCGAGCAAUGUAUUUCCCUAUUAGAGAUUAUAUUGAAUGGAAAUGUGGGUCGUUUAAAUUAGCCUUUGUUAUUACUGCAAAAAUUUUACAAGAAGUAGCUUCCAAUGGAGGUGAUUGGAAAUCUGCUUUGGAUUUAUAUGUUCCAAUAAUUAAUAGAAGAACUUUUUCUGAGCGAAGAGAAAUUAUGGGGGAAGAAGAAACGCGAUUAGUUGUUGAAUCGAGAGAAGAAAAAAGGCAAAUAAAUGAAUAUAUAGUUCAAACUAUUGGAAAUCAACCACCUUAUUUUGAAACUAGAAACCAGGAAAAAUAUGGAAAAAUUCUGAAUGAAUAUGCAAAUAAAUUGGAAUUUUUUUAA